AUGGCCUGCUGGGAGGACUUUGGUGCGCUACAGCGGGUGGCAGCCGCGGACCGUAUUAUCAAAACGCCCCCCAGUCCAGGAUGGCCAGCCCAUGAUGGCCUCCUCCACCAGUCCCAAAGGAACGUGCAUAGGUACGGACAGGAGAAGCUCCUGCUGCGGGAGAAGCUCACCUAUCUUGGACGGCGGGCUCUGCCGUUCAGCUUUGACCGCUGGGCUGCGACAGCGUCCCGCCGGGCUCAGACACCAGAGCAACCAAGGUCGUCGGAACAGUCCGGAAACCUUCUAGAAGUCCCUCAUUUCCCACAGCUCUAG